AUGGUCUUCCAUUGCCGGGAACCCACCAACGACUUCCUUGCCACCGUCACCAGAAACCACUUCAUCGAUUUCAAUCGCCCCUGCCAAACCUCAACUUCCACCUCCACCUCCUCGACACCACCUUCGCCACCUCCUCAACCAACAAACUACGCCUUCGGAGGGCACCUGCUUCUGCCCCUCAGCACGGCAGCGGAUCAAACCCACAUGACGGCGAUGCCGAUGGCAAUCAAGAGUAGUGGAAGGAAGCGGUUCCGGAUGAAAUUCAGUUUGGAUCAGAAAGAAAAUAUGACAAUUUUUGCAAAAAGAUUAGGGUGGAGGAUGCAGAUAUGUGACGAUAAGUUGAUUGCAGAUUUUUGCAAUGAGAUUGGAAUCAAAAGAGGGAUUUUCAAAGUUUGGAUGCACAACAACAAAAACAAUUUCGGGAAGAGAGAAAAAAACAUCACCACCAUCGCCACCACCGUCGUUGCUGCCGCCGUGAUACGUAGUAAUGACAUUACUCAUCAAGAAAACGGAAAUGACGAUGUUCAUCUUCAAGCUUCUAAUAACGGGUCAUCUUCUUCAUCUUGA